CAGGCCCCCAAAACGGGGGGGAGCUGCCAGGGAAGGACUGAUUUCCAUUUCAAACUGCAUUCUGGUACUUUGUACUCCAGCACCAUUGGCCGAUCAAUAUUUAAUGCUUGGAGAUUCUGACUCUGCGGGAGUCAUGUCAGGGGACCUUGGGAGCCAAUCUGCUUGAGCUUCUGAGUGAUAAUUAUUCAUGGGCUCCUGCCUCUUGCUCUUUCUCUCGCACGGUCCCACUCUGCAGACUCAGUGCCUUAUUCAGUCUUCUCUCUCGCUCUCUCCGCUGCUGUAGCUGGACCCUUCGCCUUCGCCACCGCUCAGCAUCUGCACAUCCCUACAAUGGCUAAAACAGCAAUGGCCUACAAGGAAAAAAUGAAGGAGCUGUCCAUGCUGUCACUGAUCUGCUCUUGUUUUUACCCGGAACCUCGCAACAUCAACAUCUAUACUUAUGAUGAUAUGGAAGUGAAGCAAAUCAACAAACGUGCUUCUGGCCAGGCUUUUGAGCUGAUCCUGAAGCCACCAUCUCCCAUCUCAGAAGCCCCACGAACUUUAGCUUCUCCGAAGAAGAAAGACCUGUCUCUGGAGGAGAUCCAGAAAAAACUGGAGGCUGCAGAAGAAAGAAGAAAGUCUCAGGAGGCCCAGGUGCUGAAACAAUUGGCAGAGAAGAGGGAACAUGAGCGAGAAGUCCUUCAGAAGGCUUUGGAGGAGAACAACAACUUCAGCAAAAUGGCGGAGGAAAAGCUGAUCCUGAAAAUGGAACAAAUUAAAGAAAACCGUGAGGCUAAUCUAGCUGCUAUUAUUGAACGUCUGCAGGAAAAGGAGAGGCAUGCUGCCGAGGUGCGCAGGAACAAGGAGCUCCAGGUUGAACUUUCCGGCUGAAGCGAUGGAGGGUAUGGCACGCCCCACCAUUAGUAAAUCCCCCUGCCUAUAUUAUAAUGGAUCAUGCGAUAUCAGUAUGGGAAAUGUAUGACAUGGUUUAAAAAGAACUCAUUAUAAAAAACAAAAAACAGAAUCAAAAAUUAAAAAAAAAAUUCAAUGCGGUCUCUUUGCAGAAUGUUUUGCUUGAUGUUUAAAAAAUACCUUGGAUCUUAUUUUGUAAAUACUUACAUUUUUGUUAAAAAAUACAAGUAUUGCAUUAUGCAAGUUAUUUCAUAAUCUUACAUGUCCUGUAACAGGCUUUUGAUGUUGUGUCUUUCCACUCAAAUGAAUUUGCUAGGUCUGUUCUUUUUGAAGCCCUCAUGUUGAACUCCAUUCCCUGCCCUUUUCAUUCCAACAGAAAAAUGAGGUCAGUAGACAGUCCAUGGUGCUAGAAACCCACCAUUGCCUAAUGACCUAGACGGCUUUGUAAUCUCUGAACUUGACUAAGACCAUACCUAGGUUACAGGUAUUAUGAUUCCACGCAAACCUCCACAUUUGUUCACUCAUAAUCUACUAACUGCCUAGAAACUACAAAACCAGGCUGAGAAAAAAAAAAAAAAAACACCAUUCAUAGCAUUUACUUCUGCUUCUACUGGAUUAUGUGCUACAAAUGUGCUUUGGCUUUAGAAAGGGAUGGAUGAGAAGACAGAUCUGAGAUCAGUCUGGGUAGAAGCAAAAAGUUGAACCUCUUAAAACUGCUGAACACAGAUCCAAAUCCAAAUGGUUCAAGCAGCCAUGAAAUCGCUCUUCAUGAAGUGGGCUUAAUUCUCUAGUUUAAGUUCUUUUGAUGGAAUGAAUUACUUAAUGUGUCAGGUGGCUUAUUUGUGGAUGCCAUGAUUGAUGAUGUUCAUUUUAAGCUCUUACCUAUAGUACAAGUACAUGAUGCUACUGAGUAUUUUUCCACUUGGAAACUGUGAGCUGGUUGUUGCAUUAAAACACACACAUGAACAAGAUCAAAAACACUGCGGACUUUCACUCAAGCUGGUCUUUCUUCCCCAGUGUGAGGCAAUCCUGCCUAUUAAAAUAAAAAGAAACUUACUCCAUCUGUGAGGGCUGAUACAGCUAAGGGGGCUAGGCAGGGCAUUUGUGCCAACUAAGAAUCACCGGACACCCACCAUAAGUACCUAUCGCAGUUUUGAAGUCGUUUCUCCCCCAAAUCCCAACUCCUGAAGGUUGCUGCCUGCCUAUUUACUCUUCAUUAGUGCUAUUUUCCUGUAUGUCGUUGUGAGCAAGCUGUGAUUAAUAAAGAAUUGGAGUUCUGUGAACUAACAAAGGUUCGGUCUGGUCUCUUGCCCCUUCACGUAUCUGACCCUGGAGUUCAGAUUUUGAAAGGGUGGCCAUCGGAUUAGACAAUCCCCUAGGCAGCGAGACAAUAAUUAGAGUUUGAAGGAAACCUGUGCCCUGCUGACUCACUUCCGUCCUAGGGCAGCUGGCAGCCUCUCUUUUCUCUUUCACUCUGACAGGCCGGCACAGCAGGCGAGGUCUUCAAUCUGUUCCCCUUCAAAAAAAACAUUCAGGACUGAAGGAGAUAACCAUAGGUUUAG